GGCAACGUUGGAAAAACAAUAAAAGAGGCGCGCGCGUCCCGGUAGCCAUUUUGAGAUCGGCUUUCGGUUUGGGUUGGAGAGUCGAAUAGGAGAGAAUAAAGAGAGAGAAUCCAUCGACUGUGUAUUUUCAUUCUGUAUUUGCAUUUUUUAAUUUUAAUUGUGAAAGUGUUGAAAGAUGUCUCACAGCCGGAGCGACUGCAGAAUAUACGUGGGCAAUCUGCCGCCAGACAUCAGGACGAAGGACAUCCAGGACCUUUUCUACAAGUUCGGCAAAGUGAACUUUGUUGACUUGAAAAACCGGAGAGGACCACCAUUUGCAUUCGUCGAAUUCGAGGACGCCAGGGAUGCCGAAGACGCGGUGCACGCACGCGACGGUUAUGACUACGAUGGGUACAGGUUGAGGGUGGAAUUCCCGAGAGGCGGUGGACCUGGUGGGUUCAGGGGUGGUCGCGGUGGAGGAGGCGGCGGUGGCGGUGGAGACCGCGGUCGCAGCUCACGUGGACCACCAGCGAGACGUUCCCAAUACCGAGUUCUAGUGUCAGGUUUACCGCCAUCCGGUUCCUGGCAGGACCUUAAAGACCACAUGCGCGAAGCCGGCGAUGUCUGCUUCGCAGAUGCCUUCAAAGACGGUUCGGGUGUUGUGGAAUUUUUAAGAUACGAAGACAUGAAAUACGCUAUUAAAAAACUCGACGACUCUAGGUUUAGAUCACAUGAAGGUGAAGUGUCUUAUAUCCGAGUGAAAGAAGAUCGCGGCGCUAGCGAUCGUAAGUCGGGCGGACGUUCCCGAAGCCGUUCGUACUCGCCGAGGCGUCGGGGCACGCCCACUUACAGCCCAGUGAAACGCAGUUACACCCGAAGUCGUUCCCGUUCUUAAUUUCAGACAUCAGGAGCCUCGAGUUCAGGCUUCAUGAGAGUCGUAAAAAAAAUAAAGAAAUCUCUAAAGUAAUACACGUUUAUGAACUCAACCAAUUUCACACACAACACGGAGCGAGGAGAGAGAGGAAGGAUUGAAUGUGCUUGAGAGAGAACAAAAAA